AUGUCCCAAGACAUUCGAACCCUGAUAUCCAACGCCAAGACCCGGCAGUCAGACCUUAAAUGGGUGUUGUCCAAAACCGAAAAUGCGGAGCCGUCGUUAAAGGAGCAGUUGCGUAUUGUUCGCGAAGCUGAGGCACAGCUCUCUGCUUCAGACCACAAGCUUCAGAGUCUUGAAGCGCAGCGGCUAAGGGGCCGCGAAGCCCAUGAGCGACAUCGCGACAGUAGCUUCAAGCGUAUGAUCUACACGGCAGCAGGCCAACGGCAAAGAUUCCAGCAUAGAGCUGAGGAAGAGGAUAAGGCAUACCUGGAGGUGCUUCAUGCAGAGCAGGAGGAGUACAAAUUGAAUGAGACCCUCAAGCUCCAGCUCGAUGGGGCACUGAAGGUUCAGAGGGAGCUUGAGGAUGCUAAGGCGUUGCACCAGAGGACUCAGCGCCAACUCGAGGAGCUCUAUGAGGAGAUCUUUGCGGGACCGACGCCAGAGUUUCCAGACGAGGAUGUGGCCGAGCGGGAGGCUGAGACUUUUCUGCAAGUGUAUCAUGAUACCCAUGUCCGGCACGACAAAGCAUCGUCCAAGAUAGACCUAGUGAAUAAGGCCAGAGAAGGAGCGGAUGCUGCACUUUUGGAGCUGAUGAGGGCUCGUGUUGCUUUCGAGGAUGGACAGCUUGAUGCAAGGUUCCUGCCGAAGGUGCAGCAGUGUCUGCAGAAAGCCGCGAGCUCAGUCAACAUAGCCAGGGAGAAUGCUUCCAAAGCACAGCUUGAGAACAUCCCGAGGCCGUACGUCGACCAGCAGAGCUUCAUGUACAAAACAGAAUUCAUCUUUCAGUCUGAAAUUCGCCAGACUCAAGUGGAUGUAUCAGAAUUGGCUGAUUUCUUGCGCAACGCCACUCCCCAAAUAGAAAAGGAGUUGAGGCAGGUCAACAAGGAGCUUCCUAGGGUGGAGAUUGAAUUGGAAAGGGUCCGGAAGAAUUUAUUGCAGAUGCGAGAGAGUAUCUUUGACACAAUCGCAGAGGAAGGUGUAGCUCCUCUGUACACAAAGAGCUGA